CGGAAGUGAAGUUAACCUGCUACGCGGAAAGGCGGAAGUUAGAUGACGUCAUCGUGAAAAGGGCCUAUUGAUUGGCUGGUGUUUGACCCCGCCCAGAGAGCUGAGGCCCUCAAACAGAGCAACGCCAUCAUGAGGAAGUUCCUGGCCUCUAAGAAACACGAUGCAGCCAAGGAGGUGUUUGGUAAGGUCCCAGAGGACUCAAUGAGGGAGAUAUACAGCCAGUGGGAGGAGCUAGGCCUGGACACGCCCCUUCCUGCAGAGGAUGAGAACGCCAUCAGGGAACACCUGUGUAUCCGCGCUUACCUGGAAGCUCAUGAGGCGUUCAAUGAGUGGUUCCAUCACAUGAACUCCCCCCCUCAGAAGCCCAGCCCCCCCGGCCCAGGCCAAGUUCACUGAGAAGGUGGCCUUCGAGAUGAAGGAGAAGGAGUACCAGAUGGAACACGACAACUGGACCGGCCGUCUGGAGGCUCUGACUGAAGACGUGAAGGAGAGAAUCUACAACGUCCUGCUGUUUGUGGACGGGGGCUGGAUGGUCGACGUCAGAGAGGAUACGGAGGAGGACCCAGAGAGAGGCCACCAGAUGGUGCUGCUCCGUAGACUCUGUCUGCCCAUGAUGUCCUUCCUGUUGCAGACAGUACUGCAGAGAACACAACGCCACCAGGAGAGUCUCAGACUGGCUGAUAUCAUCGCCUCAGACCAACACCGCCUCUAUGAGGUGUUCUCCAAAGAUGAGCUGAGGAAGUUCCUUCAGAAGAUGAGGGAGUCGUCUCUUCUCUUAUUGGAUAAGAGUCUGGACCCGCUGGGGUACGAGAUCCAACCAUAAAUACACCCCACCUGGACAUUUGUUUUCUUUUCUUUUUUGUGUUCUUUUUAUUUUUUUUGCCAAAUUUUAUGUAAUGGAGUGAAUGAUUUUCUGCAUUUUCGUAUACAAUAAAAGUGACUUGACUGAAA